CCCCUUGGGUCUCUGGGCAAUGGGAAACUGGAGGGAAGACAGCGCAAGGCUCUGAGACCUUAGGUUCGUCAUUCGUAACAUGGGCCAAGCAGCAGCCUCCAAAAAAUAACGUGCAUAGAGGAGAUCAAGGAGGCACGCGCUAGCGUGGCGGCGGCUUCCGCCGGAAGACGAUCCCUCCCGGCAGGCCUUGCGUAUAGCAUCCCGGGAGCCGCCGGCAACCGAGAUUGGUGCGUACCGGGCGGCGGCGGCGGCCAGCCCAACCGCCCGGCUUUUGGGGUGGUGUUGCGACGUGCCCUGAUGACAAGAAGACACGCCCCUUGCGCACCACGAUCUCCUAAGCCUCUCUCAUCCCCUCAGCCGCUCACAGUUUCGCGCUCCCUGGAGAGGCCCGCCUCUUCCCCGGUGCCGCACCACCCAGAACCCUCAGUGCGCUCAAGACCCGCCUCUUACGGAAGCCGAGGCGGAGGGUCUGAAUCUGGAAGGAAAACAAUCGGGCGAGCGUUGCCCGGGACCUACAGUCCGAGGGGUUGAUCGGGGCAGGACCGGGUGGGGUGGGGAGACGGGAGCCUUCCGGGCCACUGCGUGGGUACGAUGGCGGCCGUGAACCUGCAGAAGCCAGUCGAGUCUAGCGGCCGGAAGCUCAGCAUACAUGUUGUGACAUGGAAUGUGGCCUCAGCAGCACCCCCUCCGGAUCUCAAUGACCUGCUUCAGCUGAACAACCAGAACCUGAAUCUGGACAUAUACAUCAUUGGUUUGCAGGAAAUGAACUGUGGGAUCAUGAGCCUUCUUUCUGACACUGCCUUUGAAGACCCAUGGAGCAGUUUCUUCAUGGAUGUGCUUUCCCCUCUGAGCUUCAUCAAGGUCUCCUCUGUCCGUAUGCAGGGGCUCCUCUUACUGGUCUUUGCCAAGCAUCAGCAUUUGCCCUUUAUCCAGAUCCUCUCUACCAAAUCCACCCCCACUGGCUUCUUCGGGUACUGGGGAAACAAAGGGGGCGUCAACACCUGCUUGAAGCUUUAUGGCUACCACGUCAGCAUCAUCAACUGCCACCUGCCCCCUCACUUGGCCAACAAUGACCAGCGGCUGGAACACUUUGACCGGAUCCUAGAGAUGCAGAAUUUCGAGGGGCAAGAUAUCCCCAACAUCCUGGACCAUGACCUCAUUUUCUGGUUCGGAGACAUGAACUUCCGGAUUGAGGACUUUGGGUUGCACUUUGUUCGGGAAUCCAUAAAAAGUCGGUGCUUCAGUGACCUUUGGGAGAAGGAUCAGCUCAGCAUUACCAAGAGACAUGACCUGCUGCUCCGGGAGUUUCAGGAAGGCCCUCUGCUCUUCCCGCCCACAUACAAGUUCGAUAGGAACACCAACAACUAUGACACCAGUGAGAAAAAACGCAAACCUGCGUGGACCGACCGCAUCCUGUGGAGGUUGAAGCGGCAGCCCCAGGCUGGCCCUGACAUCUCCAAGCUGCCGGACCCCCACUUCUGCCUGACUCUGAGGAGCUACGUCAGCCACAUGAUGUACAGCAUUAGUGACCAUAAGCCUGUCACCGGCACGUUUGACUUGGAGCUGAAGCCAUUGAUGUCUGCUCCUCUGGUCAUCCUGAUACCUGAGGGCUUGUGGACCAUGGAGGAUGACAUGUUGAUCAGCUACUCCUUGACCGCGGACUUCGUCAGCAGCCCCUGGGACUGGAUUGGACUGUACAAGGUGGGGCUGCGCCACAUAAAUGACUACGUGUCCUAUGUCUGGGUCAGGGACAACCAGGUCUCCUUCAGCGACGGGCCGAACCAGGUAUACAUCAACACCAGGGAUAUCCCUGAGACGGAGGAUCAGUUUCUCCUGUGUUAUUAUAGCAACAGUCUGCAUUCUGUGGUGGGGAUAAGCAAAUCCUUCCAGAUCCGGCCCCACUCCUUCUUUGGGGAGGACUCACUGGGUGAAUCCCAACCAUGGUUCUGAGCCGGGAUAAGAGUGAAUCCAGGGCGGAGGCCAGAGCUGGCAGCCAGCUUUGCCUUGCAACUGCCAGGAGCGCUUGGGGCCCAGCCUGGCCCCUGAGGAGGCAGCCAAGCACCUUCCACACACCAACCUCCCAGAAUGAGCUCCAGCCUGCCUCUUUGCUCUCUCCAGUCCAGAUCUCUAGCACUGGCCGCUUAAAUACAGAUUUUUGUUGCUGAGAUGCGAGUGAAACCAGCUAAGUUUGUCAACAGCGAAGACUUGAGGAAAGUCCACGGACGUGGGAAGGAUCCUCCAGCCUGCAUCUCAUUUCUCAACACCCCGCACUUCCCACUUCCAGUCCUGCCCAAGCAGGCCUGCCAGGCACAUGCCCCAUCUGGCAUGGGCCUGCAUUCUGGUCAUGCCAUCCUGGGCCUCAGGCGGCCUAAUAGGGAGAUGCUCACAUUUGUACAGGCUCUGUCAACCGGUUGGCACACAUGGUGUCAGGUUUCAGGAGUCUGGGCUUCUCAUUGCUUGUCCCCUUAGGAAAGGGCAGAGGGCCUGGACUCCUUGCUUCCAGCAGGAACAGUAUGUCUAAGUAGGGGGCAUGGAGGGGCUCUUCUACCCCAGCUGCUACAUAGGGUUUGUGGGCAGGUUGAUGAGAUCCUAAUGCCAGCACGAGCCCCUCCCCCUGCUCCCCUGCAUGGAGUCUGAUGUGGAAGUUCCAGAGCCUAGGCAGAGAGAAUCAGAAGGGACCCAGGUUGACUUCUGCUGGCGGGUCAAGUUCCAGGCCUCCACCCUUCCCUCUUGUGAAAGGUGGGCAGGUGACAGAAGAGCUGUGGCCACAGACUUUUCCAGGGCUCCCACCCUUGCCAGGAAUCGUUGGCCAGAAACCGCUUUUGUCUUUGGACCCCCUGGAACUAGAAGUGGGUUCAGACGGAGAAGAGAGCCAGAAUCAGAACACUUUGGAGGAUCUGGUCCUGGGGGACUUCCAGGAGCUUUCUCCAGGGGCUGUGUGGACACGGCCUGCCCCUCCUACCACUUGCCUCUGGCCAGUGGUGACUCAGUGGCCCUUCUCCCAAAAGAAAACACCUCAGGGAGCCUGCUCUGUGAUUGCCGUGCCCAUCCUGCUACCUAUGCUGAGGGUCGCCUCAGUAGCUCUAUGUUCUAUACUUCACCCCACAGGUCACCCAUGUCAAGAACUGUCCCCCUAGCUUCUAGCAGGCCAUGGCUGGCUGUUCUGUGUUGGUUAUAUUGGGGGAUAAUUACAAACAUGGCUUUUA